AUGGCGCAGGGCAGUCAACAACUCGACGUGCAGGUACUCCAUGAUCUCCGACAACGUUUCCCUGAGAUACCUGAAGGGGUAGUAUCUCAGUGCAUGCUUCAGAACAACAACAAUCUAGAUGCCUGUUGUCGAGCCCUCGCACAGGAGAGCAACAAAUACUUAUAUAUGGAGUACCAUAGCCCUGAUGACACCAGAAUGAAUAGAAAUAGCCUUUUGCACAUUAAUCUGGGUAUUCAUCCUCAUACCAGCUAUCAUGCGGGGGAUGGAGCUCAACUUAAUGGUGGUCGUACACUGGUACACAGUUCAAGCGAUGGACAUAUUGAUCCGCAACGCACAGCAGGUAAACAGCUGAUAUGCUUAGUUCAAGAACCACAUUCUGCUCCCGCUGUUGUGGCAGCUUCUCCUAGUUACAAUCCAUUUUUCAUGAAUGACCAGAAUAGAAAUGCAGCUACUCCUCCUCCACAGCCACCUCCACAGCCAUCUUCCAUACAACCAGGAAUGAACACGUCUGCUAUGCAAGGCCCUCCUCCCACGUAUAUGCACAUACCUCGGUACAGUACAAAUCCCAUUACUGUUACAGUAUCACAAAACCUCCCCUCUGGACAGAGCGUACCCAGAGCUCUACAAAUUCUUCCACAGAUUCCAAGCAAUCUUUAUGGGACUCCUGGCUCUAUUUAUAUAAGACAAACAUCUCAAAGUUCUUCAGGACGACAGACUCCUCAGAAUACACAGUGGCAUUCAUCGCCACAGGGCCCAGUUCCACAUUAUACUCCCCGUCCUCUACCUGUGUAUCCACAUCAACAGAACUACCAACCUUCUCAGUAUUCUCCUAAACAACCCCAGAUCCCUCAAUCAGCUUUUCGAUCACCACCGACUUCCCAGUGUCCCUCUCCCUUUGGCUCUCCUCAACACCAAGUUCAACCUCCUCAGUUGAGUCAUCAGAGUUCACAUGUUUUCAUGCCUCCUAGUCCUUCAACUGUCCCACCCCAUCCAUAUCAGCAAGCAUCCCAGACUUUUCAAAAACAAGGCGGUCACUCUGUAUCGUAUCUUCCUCCUUUUGCUGGACCUAGUUUAUCCAAAGGUUCCAUGAAUAAAAUAGAAAUUACAGUUGAGCCACCGCAAAGACCUGGGACUGCAAUGAACAGAAGUCCUUCACCAAUAAGUAAUCAACCAUCUCAACGAAACCAGCACCCGCUGUAUACAGCCACUACUCCUCCUUCAAGCUCUCCAUCAAGAGGUAUGUCGGGUCAACCCAAACCUCCAUUUAGUGUUAAUCCGGUAUAUAUUACCUACACUCAACCAACUGGACCUACAGGUGCACCAACACAGUCUCCUCGGGUAAUGGUAUCUCAGCCAAACCCAACCAUUUUUAAAAUCACAGUAGGUCGAGCACCGACUGAGAAUCUUUUAAAUUUAGUGGACCAAGAAGAGCGUUCUGCAGCACCAGAACCUAUUCAGCCUAUUUCUGUAAUCCCAGGAUCUGGAGGAGAAAAAGGAAGCCAUAAGUAUCAGAGAAGUUCUAGUUCUGGAUCAGACGACUAUGCUUACACUCAAGCCUUGCUGUUACAUCAACGAGCAAGGAUGGAGAGACUGGCAAAGGAACUGAAGCUUGAGAAAGAAGAGCUUGAACGCCUGAAAUCUGAAGUCAAUGGUAUGGAGCAUGAUCUAAUGCAGAGGCGGCUUCGAAGAGUUAGCUGUACAACUGCAAUUCCAACACCUGAGGAAAUGACCAGAUUGAGAAGCCUCAACAGACAGCUCCAGAUAAAUGUUGACUGUACGCUGAAAGAAGUUGAUCUCCUUCAAUCUAGAGGGAACUUUGAUCCAAAAGCCACAUGUAACUUCUAUGAUAACAUAGAGCCUGGUCCUGUUGUGCCACCAAAGCCAUAUAAAAAGGAGCAUCAAACCAGCUCCAAACAGACUCCACGGACUCAGCCAAGAGAUGAAGACUUUGAAGGGGCUCCAUGGAAUUGUGAUAGCUGCACCUUUCUAAAUCACCCAGCACUAAAUCGCUGUGAGCAGUGUGAAAUGCCACGAUACACCUGAAAAUCAGAAAGGGGCUGCAAUUGGGUUGAAAACAGGAUCUCGAGCCGACAGCUGUAGGAGAAGGAAACAUGGGGAACCUUUCAGUCCAUCUGCCCGGCCUUUGCUAGUCAACAAUCUUCAUAUUGCAAGGGGUGGGAGUAAUGCGUUAAGAUGUUUCUGCUUGUGCUACACUAAAAAGAAAUAAAUUAAGGGUGAAAUUCUUCCUUAUCCCAUUGCAGUGAGCAAAGCAUAAAUGAAACCUGAAAAUGUAAAAGGAUUAAUUUUGCGAAGAAUGUAUACAGGAAAGCAAAUAACUACUGGUGUUUAGUCCUGUGGUUAUAGUUACUGCUUAGUAGCUGUAAAA